GAGCCGCUCGCAGUCGAUCUGGAUAUGAAGAACAGAAAAAGAGACAUAAGGGACGGCGAGCGGCAGGAAGGGCCUGAGUGAUGACCCAGGCUGCUACGGAAGUGGGUGGCAAAAGUUACUCCGGUUCCUUUGCAUUGCAGACAUGUGCAAUCUCUUCGACUGCGGGACUUAAGCUUCUUGUUCGAGCAAAAGGUUUAUAAACUGUCCAUUUCUGGAUCAAUUCCCAUUCACAAAGUCAAUUCUGACAUCCCUUCUAUCAUUCGCUAUUCACUAUCCCUCAAUAACCAGAACUACAAUGCAGCUCCCCGCCACCAACAAUAACACCAAUGAGAAGAUUACGUCUGAUGACAUCGACGGCUUCGAAAUCGUCACUCAGAUGGUCACUGAGAAAUCUGCUACUCCUACUCCCGUUACCGAGACUGAGACCUUGGUUUCCGAGGCCAGGAGGUCAAACAAAGAUGAUACUCCCGACACCAUCAUUGAAGGUGCUAUGAAUCUCCGAAUUGGCUCUCCUGAGCUCGAUAACAAUGACGACCAGGCCCGUCCUCGCCACCGUGGCUUCGAUCACCACCAUGGGCACUUCUACCGCCCUCGUGACUUCAUGGGUCCUUCUCCUGGCUUUAUGCCCUUCCAUUUUGACGGGUCUAUGCCUCCUCAUCCCGCCAUAUUCCAUCGCGGUCCUCCCGGCUUGACUUUUGACGGGCCUUUCCCUCCUGAGUUUGCCUUUGGUUGCGGCUUUGGCAAGCACCAUAAGCAUGGCAAGCAUGGUGGUAAGUUUGCCAAGCGUAUUAAUGGCACUGGUCACAAGCAUCGACACCAUCGUGCUUACUCCCCUCCUUCUUUUGAGGAGGUUAAAGCCGAGUCCGGUCUCGAUAGCCACAAAAAGUACAUGAAGGAUUUUUUCGGUCCACGUGGCCGCCAUGAUCGCCGACACCACAAAUAUGCCUUUGACGACGAGGUUGCUGCUCAGAAGCCUGCCGAGAAGCAGGCCACCACUUCCGAGUCCGAUUCCGCUUCCCCCUCUGUCUCCGACUCUGAGACUUACUCUGCUGCCACCAUCUCCGAAGGUGAAAAGAAGUACGCUGAGUAUUACGCCGGUAUGCGCGGCGGCCUUGCGUUUGGUGGUCGAGGCCGCGGUAAGGCCCAACACAGGGGUAUGAAGGGUAUGGGCCACGGCAAGGGCCGUUAUAUGGGUCCCAUGGGUAUGGAUAUGCGAGCUAUUCCUGGUAUGGGCUUUGACGGCGAGCACCCUCCUCCCCCUCCUCCUUUUGUUCCGGAGUUCGAAAUGGGCAUGGGCAAGGGCAUGGGCAAGGGCAUGGGCAAGGGCAAGGGCAAGGGCAAGGGCAUGGGCAAGGGCAUGGGCAUGGGCAUGGACAUGGGCGGUCGUCAUUGUCCUCGAGGCUUUCGUGGUAAGGGCGGUCUACGCGGCAUGCACGGCUGCUCUUUCGGUCCUAUGAGCGGCAUGGGCCCCGAUGCUUUUUUCGGUCGAGGUGAAGGCGGACCCAAGCACAUGCCCAUGCACGGUCGACAUCACUGCGGUCCCCCUCCCCCUCCCGAGUUUAUGUCCAAUGAGCAAGGUCCACGCGCUCCUUUCCUUCCCCACCCUAACCACUUUGGUCGACACCAUGACCAUCACGGCCGACGAGGAUUUGGUGGUCGUUUCGCCCAGUUUGAUUAUGAGAUGAGGGGUACUUCUCCUUCCUCUGCUACUUCCCCAGCUCCUGCGGCCGCUGCUGCGUAAUUGAAAAUGGCCCUUCAGUUUGUUUUUCGUUCAACUGUUAACGCAAGUCUUCGUCAUGGCCAGCAGCGUCACCGACCUUCAUUAUAUGAGCCUUUUUGCGCUCAAGGGGCGAUCUCCGAUAGCCCGAGAAAGGAGGGUUGACCGUAGCGGUCUAUUGUGAUUCCUCUUCGCAUACCUUUUCGUAAUUUUUGCGAGAGGCGAGGGGGUUGGAAAUGAUUUAUUUUUGCGCUUUUAACUUUUACCGCGAUGUCUUUCUUUCUAAUUUGGAAACUGAGUUGUGAGAUUUAGUGGUAGUAUAGCACUUUAGCCGUGAUCCUUCUUUUCGCUAUCUAUUUUAUAUAAAACAUGUAAAACCCAAAAUAUAAACCUU